UCUCUUUCUCUUUCUCUCUUUGACGAGAACGACGACGCGCGUGCGGGCUCUUUUAACUCGUGCACGGCCCUACGACUUCGGCACGGCCCUUAUUGCGGCUCGCGAUCGGGGCGUGAAAAUCAAUAACGUGCUUGCGAAAACGAGAUCUCGACAUUAACGGCAGCGCGGACCGGACCAACGAACGAACGUUAACCUCUCGCACGAUCGAAUCAUCCCAAGAAGAUGUCUUCUCUCUUUCUCUCUCUCUCUCUCUCUCCUUCUCUCUCUCUCCCCUUCUCUCUCUUUCUUUUUCUCUUUCUCUCUGUCUUCUGUCUGUCCGUCUGUCUCUGUCUUUCUUUCUUUCUUUCUUUCGUUCUUUCUUUCUUUCUUUCUUUCUAUUUCUAUAUCUCUUUCUUACUCUCUCUCACGCUUCUUCACUUUGUUUUAAUUCUGAUUUUUCGUCUCUUCUCUUUUCUUUUCUUUCCUUUCCUUUUUUUUUCACUCUCUUUCAUUCUCACAAGGACAACAACGAGAAAUGCCGACAGUUAAUCGUCUGUCGCAUGAGAAUACUCUUAUAUUUCCCUCUCCUUUUUUCUCUUUUUCUUUUCUUAACCCUUCUCUUUUGCUUUCUCUAUCUCUCUAUUUCUAUCUUUAUUUCUCUUUAUCUAUUUCUCUCUUUCUCUCUCCGAAAAAACAAUUCAAAAAUAAUCAUCGUUUCCCGGCACGUUUUAUUUAUAGCACGUAGUGCCUCGUGUAUGUGCAGGCUUUUUCCUUGAAACAUAUAUCUACGAAUACCUCGUGUUUUUGCACUUGGUAACGCCUUAGAAAAAGGAAUACCGAUGAAGGAGCGAGACGAAGAGAGAGAGAGAGAGAGAGAAAGAGAGGGUUGGAGGGAGAGGGAGACAGACGAAUCUGUCGUGUGCGACGAAGAGUUAAAUAAAAACCCAGUGGAAGGGUUUUCGGCAGGCCUCAUUGACGACAAUGAUAUUUAUAGAUGGGAAGUACUUAUUAUUGGACCUCCGGAUACGUUAUACGAAGGUGGAUUUUUCAAAGCACAUUUACAAUUUCCAAAAGAAUAUCCACUUAGGCCACCAAGAAUGAAAUUUAUAACUGAAAUUUGGCAUCCAAACAUCGAGAAAAAUGGUGAUGUAUGUAUAUCGAUUUUACAUGAGCCUGGAGAUGAUAAAUGGGGCUAUGAGAAAGCGUCGGAACGGUGGUUGCCAGUUCACACAGUCGAGACUAUUCUCAUAAGCGUUAUUAGUAUGCUCGCAGAUCCAAAUGACGAAAGUCCUGCUAACGUGGAUGCUGCCAAAGAAUGGCGGGAGAGUUAUACAGAAUUCAAACGAAAGGUGGCAAGGUGCGUCAGAAAAAGCCAAGAGGAGUGUUUGUAGGGGAUGAAUAAAUAUUCAACUGGAAAGACUUAUUUAAUUCUGGCAAUUUUAAUUCAGGGAAGCCGUAAGCACUGGAAGAAAGAAACCGAUGCUCGACAUAAAGCUAACGGAUAACAGUGCCACUAAAAACGGAUUAAGCCUGACCCAUCCUUACGCUGAGAGAGGGGAAAAGAGCGUGUGAAAAACUAAGACAAAUUCGCACGUCUCUAUCGAAUCAAUUAAAGCCACACCGUCACCGAUGUACCAUCCAUCGAUAUAUGAAGAUCAUGAAGAGAACACAUACACAGCUCACCUUUUUCAUAAUAAACAGCUAAAACUAAUUUACACGUAUACAUAAUGCAAAAAAAUCAUCUGUACGAUUAUUACCUUAAUAUUAAUAGUUAAUGUAAACUUAACUUCCCCACUUCUCCUGUACCCACGAUAAAUCCCAUCGCCCUCCGCCCGAAGAAAAAAAAAAAAAUAAGAAAAAAAAACAAAACCUUGUAAUUUAAAAUAAUACGUUUAUGUUUAUCGAUCAAUAAUAAUUCCUUAGUGUCGUUUCGUAUUUUCUUACUUUCGUAAAUAUAUAUAAAUAAAUUUUUGUAAAGUUCGAAAAACGGGAUAUACUACAAUCGUUGAAUGUAAUGUCAGCAAAAUGGAAGAAGAAAUACAUGCGAAUUAAUUGUAAACUGUUGCGGAUGAAAUAUUGUCAGUUAAUAAUGAUAAUGAUAAUAGACAGCGUAUUAAAAACGCAACGAUGUAAAAACAAAAGAAAAAGAAAGAAAAAAAGAAUGUCAAAUUCCGCAGAAUCGUGCGUUGCCAAAAUAAUGAUGAAUUCUAAUCGAAGUGAUAAUAAUACUAGUAAUAACGAAUAAUAAUAAUAAUAAUGAUAUUAAUAAUAAUCUACUAUUGUCAGCUAGCGAACAUUUUACGUAAGAAUUGGGUACAAUUUGUACUAACUUUUGAAUGGUGCCACCAUAUUGACGAAACAAGUCGCUGUUUAUCUUCUUCCCUUCUUUUAAAUCUGAAGUUAUACGAUUAUACGCCAUAGGAAAAAAAAGAAAGAAAGAAAGAAAAAAGGUUUAACUUAAAAUCGAAACGAUUUUUGUCCAACUUUACAUCAUUUGGUAUUGUCAAUUAAAUUUUAAAACUGAAGUGCAGAAACUGCUUAUAUCAA